AAAACUACAGUUCCCUGCAGCACCCUCGCCAGCCACUUGUUUACCCAAUGGUCGUUCGGUGCGCCUGUUUGCUGACCAAUCGGAGGGUAAUCUCUUAAUUCUAACGGUUAAAUUCCACGAAAAUCCUCUCCUUUAUCAGCGCUGUUUACUUUAACACUUCUUACAGACGGAGAUGUUUUGAUUUCCAAACGCACGUGGUUCUGCAGGCUGGAUUUGAGAGGAUUGUUUCCAAAGUUUUUUUCCCCCAAAAAGCAACAGGUGGUGGACAUGACUGUGUGUGGUGGUGCCUUGGCUAUCCUGAGAUCUCUGUGCCUCUCCAGCUGCUCCAGAGUGGCCGGCUGGACCCCUCGCCGGAUCGGCCUCAGAAACAUCAGCAGCAACCACGAGUGCUUGGACUGUCCUCGAGUCCUCAUCACAGGUGGGCUGGGGCAGCUUGGUGUGGGACUGGCACAGAUGCUGAGAGAGCAGUAUGGGAAAGAAAACGUGAUCCUGUCUGACAUCAAGAGACCACCUACAGAAGUUUUCAACAUGGGUCCCUUUGUGUACGCCGACGUGCUGGACUAUAAAAACCUGAGGGAGCUGGUGGUGAAUAACCGGAUCACAUGGUUGGUGCAUUACAGCGCCCUGCUGAGUGCAGUGGGAGAGGCCAACGUCACGCUCGCCAGAACCAUCAACAUCACAGGUCUGCAUAAUGUUUUAGAUCUGGCUAUGGAGAACUGUUUGCGUCUCUUUGUGCCCAGCACUAUUGGGGCAUUUGGCCCCUCCUCCCCCAGAGACCCAGCCCCCGAUCUCUGCAUCCAGAGGCCUCGGACAAUCUAUGGCGUCUCUAAAGUCCACGGAGAGCUGAUGGGCGAGUAUCUCCACCAUAAAUAUGGCCUGGAUUUCCGCUGUCUGCGCUACCCUGGAGUUAUUUCAGCCACCACAAAACCUGGAGGAGGCACCACAGACUACGCCGUUCAGAUCUUCCACGAUGCUGUCAGCACCGGCCACCACGAGUGCUACCUGCGUGCGCAAACGCGCUUACCCAUGAUGCACAUCUCUGAUUGCCAUCGAGCCACCUUAGAGUUCAUGCAGGCUCCCGAGUGCCAGCUCUCUCUGCGCACCUACAACAUCGCAGCCAUAAGCUUCACGCCUGAGGAGCUGACCGAGGAGAUCCGCAAAUACGUACCUCACCUGAAGGUCACCUACAAACCGGACCCUGUUCGCCAGAACAUCGCGGACAGCUGGCCAAUGCGAUUUGAUGACUCCAAUGCUCGUCGAGAUUGGGGCUGGAAGCCAGCAUACAGUCUCCCAGAACUAGUCAAGGAUAUGUUGGACCGCAUCCGGAACAAAAGGACCAACGCAGGCCUGCCUGUUAGCUAGCAUUCCAGCUGUACUGACUAAAAGCAUUGGUCACCUUGCCCCUUAAAGCCCCCCCACCCACCCACCAUGCUCCCAGUAAAGGGGAACUGUGUCUCUUAACCAGGAAAUUUCCUAUUACUACAGUAUUCCAGCCAAGGAGAGUCUUCCACAUAAACUACGCUUCUCAGCACUGACAAGCACUACCUGUGGAUUACGGACGCUCACAGUUUUGCUCUCUAUCUCUGUCUCUCUUUCUCUCUGACACACACAUUCAUCAGCAGCCUUAGUCUUUUUGCAGGGAUUAUUUUUCCAUUAGUGUUUAACAAGUUGUACUUAUAGGAGAAAAGGUAGCAAAUCUUUGUUAACACUAACUUUUCUUUUUGCAUCGUAAUGUUGUUACGACCUCCAGAUAUCUUCGUGCUUCUACGUCUCUCUCUCAUAAAAGUUGUAGCUCAUUGCAGUAUCCAGCCAAUUUGGCUCAUUAGCAGCCAGGUUAAGCUAAACUUUUUGCCAAUGUUAAUGAGUAUAGCUAAUUAGCAGCCAGGUUAAGAUAACCUAAUUUGCUGUGUUAAUGAACAUAGCUCAUUAGCAAUCAGGUUAAGAUAGCUUAACUGGCUGUGUUAAUGAGUAUAGCUCAUUAGCAACCAGGUUAAGCUAGCCUAACUGGCUCUGUUAUUGAAAAAAAAAAUACCUUAUUGGCCGCUAGGUUACGCUAACCUAAUUAGCUUUGUUAUAAGAAACAAGGGAAAUUAACCAAAUUUGCUUUGUUAAUGCAAAUAGCUUAUUAGCAGCCAGGUUAAGCUAACCUAAUGAGAUGGUUCUGUUAAUAAAUACAGCUCAUUGGCAUCCAGGAGAACUGACUGUGUUAAUGAAUAUAGCUCAUUAGCAGCAAAGUUAUGCUAAGCUAACUUGCUCUGGUAAUAAAUAUAGCUCAUUGCCAGCCAACUAAACUACCAGAAUUGGCUGUGUUAAAGAAUACAACUUAUUAGCAGCAACGUUAUGCUAAGCUUACUUGCUCUGUUAAUAAAUAUAGCUCAUUAGCAGCCUAAGAAAUGAACCUAACUGGUUCUGUUAAUGAAUAUAGGUCAUUAGCAGUCAGGAAAAUUAACCUAACUGGUAGUGGCAGUGAAUAUAGCUUAUUAGUAGUGAAGUUAUGCUAUGCUAACUUUCUAUGGUAAUAAAUUUAGCUCAUUAGCAUCCAGGUGAACUAACCAAACUUGCUAGCUUAAAGAAUAUAGCUCAUUAGUAGUCAGGUUAAGCUAAACUAAUUGGCUCUGUUAAUGCUAGUAGCUCAUUAGCAGCCAGGGUAAGCUGGCUAAACAAAACAUUUAUGCAAAUGAAUAUAGCCUGAUUGUUUCUUCUAAUGAAUAUAUUGUUUAUUAUCAGCCAGGUUACUGAAUAUGGUUAUUAGCAUUUAGUUUGCGUUAAACAUUUUACUAGCAUCCGUUCAUAUCUAGUUAUCCCCAGUGAAAUAAACAUUACUAUGUAUUUAAUUAUGUCAGUUAAAUAAAACUAAUAAUGCUGUUAUACUAGAAAUCCUGGGACAAAAAAAAACUUUUUUUUUCUUUUUCCCAUCAAAUUGUACUUUCAACCUACUAAUAUUUCUGUUAUUCUACAUACUAUAUUUUACUGUCCUAAAAUUAUCAUUUAUCAUUUUCUUACUCUGCUUUUGUUCAAUAGUAUUGUAAUGAAACUUGGUUGUCUUGGUUUGACUGCUCUGGGACAGAUUUUACUCUCAAUUCCCUGUAACCUCAGGGAACCAUCAUCGGCUAUCAGGCUUGAUGGUUACAUAGUCUUAAGGGUGUUGACCAGAGUGCAGUGUUUGGGAUUGGCUCUGGGUGCUUCUCUUAAACACAGUUGUUCCUUAUGAUGGUCUUGUCUGGUUAGGGGCCUUAUUUAUUUUUUAUGGCACUUAGAAGUUUAGCAUUUAGUUUGGUGGUGUGGAUUUUCUAUAACUAGAUAUUUAUUUUUUAUUUAACAAAUAACAUAUGAAUUCAGACUGCUCUUAUGCUCAAAGUAAUGAUAAUAUAAACAGGCACCAUCUGGUUCAAUAUUAUUGGUCUUGUCCGUAAUGUACUCAAUCAUAUCAUUCUGAAUUACCACUAAAUGCUGCCUUGUAUUUCCCUGUUUCUCCAUUCACAAAACCUAGCCUUUCAUGCUGAAGUUCCAAUUACGUUCUUCUGUCCCGUCAUCCAUAUAGCUGUUUAACGUCAUUGGGAUAAUACAAGUACUUCUUUUCAAUCUUACUCAAGCUCAUUCUCGCUCUCCCUCUCUCUUUCUUUGCCUUACUCUUGCAAAUAAGUGAGUAUGAUGUAUAGGUCAAAGACCAUUUGUUUUCCAGCCAAUUCAUGCCAAUAUGACACUGCAAAAACUGGACAACAGCUCUUACACAGGCCUGGGCCCAUGGAUAAACACUGCAGUUGGGGCCAGUUCAAUUUCAGAAAAGUCAAUUCAGCAGGUGAACCAAAUUCAGGGGACGAACACAAUUCACAACGAAUCUGCUCAGUAUUACAAUUUAGCGUUUGAGACAGAGCAUCUCCUGAACUAUACACAGAAACUCUCUCCUUCUCCAUCUAUGGGGUGUGAUUUUGGGGGGCCCAACUGAUAUUGUGUAGAGAUAAGCCUUUACAAUAUGUUAACAUUUCAUAUUGAAGGCACAUUAGCUUAUUGUUUUCAUGCCGAAAUUGGGGGAAUAAAUUGCAGUGUAAAUUUAUAUCAGAAAAAAAAAUAAAACAAAAUUCUCCCAA